AAUGCGAACUUGUUCGUCUUUAGGGUUUGCGUUCAUUGAAAGCAUGUUUGUUACCGACCAUUGGUAUCGAUGUUCAACGUAGAUCGAUGUAACUUGGAUUAGAUCCUCUUACUCUGAUUGUUUCGAUUCAUGGUAAAUGGGAGAAGCAGAUCCAAACAUAUAGGACUGUAAUACUUUUGGGGCUUCUUCGAUCAAAUUACCCUUUUUUUGUUUUGCUUAUUGAUGGUUUAACAUCGGUUCAAUAUGGAAUACGAAAACGGAUACCAGCAACAAAUCCCAAAAUCGAAAUAUGAAUGCCUUCUCUUUGAUGUUGAUGAUACCCUUUAUCCUCUGAGCUCUGGAUUGUCACCAGAAUGCACCAAGAAUAUCAUAGAGUAUAUGGUAAAUAAGCUUGAUAUAGAGGCAAGCAAAGUUCCAGAAAUGUGUGCUCAACUCUACAAGGAUUAUGGGACAACAAUGGCUGGUCUUCGGGCUCUUGGCUAUAAUUUUGACCAUGACGACUACCACAGUUUUGUCCAUGGAAGAUUACCCUAUGAGUAUUUGAAACCCGACCCAAUUCUCAGAAGUCUUUUACAUAGCUUGCCCAUAAGAAAAGUGAUUUUCUCGAAUGCGAACGAGGCCCACGUGGCUGAAGUUCUUCACCGACUUGGAUUGGAGGACUGCUUUGAUGAUGUGAUCUGUUUUGAGUCUCUGAAUCCCCCAAACCAGAAAAACAGUGCUGAUGAUACUUCUAAUUGUUGUGUUACCGAAACCGGUGAUUUACUACCAACGAGUCCUAUUAUCUGUAAACCCUUUGAAAAUUCUUUCCAACAGGCUUUCAAGAUGGCAAACAUCAACCCACACAAGACAAUAUUCUUUGAUGACAGCAUACGCAAUAUACAGACUGCAAAAGUCACGGGCCUCGACACUGUGUUGGUUGGGUCAUCGGAGCGUAAAAAAGGUGUGGAUUACGCUUUAGAGAGCAUCCAUAACAUCAGGGAAGCGCUGCCGGAGCUAUGGGAAUCGGUGAUGAAGUCGAAGGAUGUUUGCGAUUCGCAGAAGAUUGCAAUCGAGACUAGUGUGAAAGCUUAGACAUGAUGCAUGGAAGCGUUAUUCUUCUAACCUUUUAUGGCUCUAAUAUUGAUGAUGAUGCCAAUUUCAACAAUCAACUAUGUUGUUACCAUCUUUGUACUAUUGCGUGAUUUAAAAUGUUGAAUGUGUAAAUUAUGAACUUCAAAAUCGUUAAGAAUUGUGUUGUUACAAGUUUAAUUUAUAGUGAAUUACAAAUAUCGUCCUGCGGUUUCACUAA